AUACUGUGCAAGAGCUUUUAUUUAUUUGUGUGUUGUGUGUCGCGUAUCAUUCUUUUCAACUUUUCUUCCAGAGAAAAAUAACUCAUAGAGUACAUCAAGAUAAAUUAUAAUAGUUGUUUAUAAAGAUUGAAUUAUAAUAAUUGUUUAGUAAAGUAAAAAUUGUUAUUUUAUCUUUGGUUAAAGAGAUAAUGAAUGACAAUAUAUUUCUCGAUAUUGAUGACUCUAUCAAAAUGAAAAAUUUGUUAUUAUCGGAUAAAAAUAAAGAUGCUUUAAAUCAGCAGAUGGACGAAUUAAUGAAACAAUUUGAUUCAAAAGCAUCUAUUCUUGUGCAACCUACUCCUGGUAUCUGUGUGAAAACUAAAACAACUGAUAAAAGAAAGAUUUUUGUAAACAUAUGCAUAUCUGAUAAAAUUCCACCACCAGACGAUAUAUCCGAUACUAAACUAUUUGAACUUUUAAAUGAUGAAGUACCUAAUUAUAUUAUACCAAUGAGUAUAUGUGGUGAAAAAAUGGAAACUGAUAAAUCUGGUACACCCAGUGCAACAUAUGAUGUCAUGAUAAAUGAAGCAUAUUUUAAAAAGUGUCAAGAGAAAAAACAUUUUAUGGCAUUUACAAUAUUAGUCAUACUAAGUGGAGUGGCAGAUAAAUUUGAUAAAAAACUUGAUGCAGAAGAUUAUAUUAUUCUUAAAAAUCGAAAGGUAAUGGGAAAAUUGCAACAGCAUAGAAUAGAAAAUCGCGAAAUUAAAAAGUUACAAAAUCACAUGCCAUUGAUUGAAGAAAUGUCAGGUUCUAUGACACCUAUCAUUAACACAAUUAAUGUACAAAAUAAUGAUAUAGCAAGAAUGAAUUAUGUAAUUUUAAAAAAACCAUUAAAAGGUUCAGCUGAACAUUUAAUAGUUUUAUUUGACAUGCCAAGAAGCGUUUCAAUUGAGGAUAUAGUAGUAUUGAUUAACUCUGAUCAUAUGAAUAUUACAGAUAAGAAAGCUUGUUGUUAUGAUAUUUUAUUUCCAUAUAUUCUUGAAGCAAAUAGUGCAAAAGCCUUUUUAGAUUGUAAAAUUAUGGUAUUACGUGUAGAUUCAUUAAUAAAACAAAAAUAA